UUCGUUGGUCCGCAAAAAAAAGAGAGCCAUCAUCGUUUUCAUUCGCCAGCGGUCGCGGUUUGCGUGGAUUGCAACAUUUUGUGCGUGCCCGAGAAAAAUCUCGGAAAAAAGGUGUUUCUUUCUUCAAGCUUAGCUGUCGAGGAAGACCCCUUCCCGGUGGACACAGGUUCUGCGGGGUUGCGCGGUGCGUGAAAAGUGUGUUUUUGCAGGUUGUUUGAAGCUCGAAAGACAAAAGGAACCUGCAGGGGGGUGAAGGAAAAAUCAAAAGUGGAAGAAGAAGCAGUCGAGGGUUUCUUUUUCGCGGACACGGACGGAUCGCUUUUUUCCCGAUGGCCGAUCAGACCGAACUGCGUAUGAACCUGGUAGCCAUCCAACGCUCGGACCCGUACGCCAAGGACAUCAUCAACUCGUCGGCCCACGUCGCGUUCUACACGUUCAACACCGCGGAAAACGAGUGGGAAAAGACGGACAUUGAGGGGGCGCUCUUCAUCUACAGCCGGAACGCGGAACCGUACCACAGCAUCUUCAUCAACAACCGGCUCAACACGAACUCGCUGGUCGAGCCCAUCAACGGCCAGAUCGAGCUGCAGUCCCAGCCGCCGUUCCUGCUGUACCGUAACGAGCGGUCACGAAUCCGGGGCUUCUGGUUCUACAACAACAGCGAGUGCGACCGGAUCCGGGACAUAAUCUCGAAGCUGGUGGCCGAGUGCAACAACAACAUCGGUAGCGGAGGAGCAGGACCGGGUGACGUGAAGAAAGUCGUGACGAGUGCCGUUCCGGGACUAGACAUGGGAAAGACCGGUGCGAACGGGAAUGUCGCGGGUAAAAACGUGGACAUCUUCACCAUGCUGACAAGGGCCCAGGAGGACUUUAACAACAGCACCGGGAAGCAGCCACCUUCCCAGCAGCAGCCCCAACAGCAACAACAGCAGCAGGAGCCUGUUCCGAGUCGCAACCUGUCCGCGGCGAUCAACAUCGUUCAGCCGGCGCCCCAGCAGCAGCUGGACACACCGCAGAGUGUGGUCAAUUUCUUCGCAGCCGCAAAGCAACCGGCCGCCUCGGAAGUUCCCCUGUUCCAGACGCUGAUGUCCAACCCAGUGCACACGCUCGAGCAGAUCGAGAAGCAGCAUCGGGCUACGACGCCGCAGAAGGAUUCCGCCAUCGUGACCGGCAAGCUAACGCCCGAGGUCAGCGAUCUGGAGAACAGCUUCAAGUUGAUGGGCAUUCCCAUCAGUAGCGGACCGGCGCCAUCCCAAGAGCUCGGCACGUCCCCGCUGGCAACGUUCCUUAGUUCCACCAACCUGGCCGCGGUCCGGAACAACAAUCAACCGAUGCUUAAAACAAAGCCCAUCGAAAUCAGCGAGCUCGAAUCCCGCCAACAUCAACAGCAACACCAGCAACCGCUGCACGAACUACUCAAGAAAUCCGACCCGAUGAACAACUCUCUCAACGCGAGCAACAACAUUGCACCGCUCAACUCCACUCCAAACUCCGGUGGUGGCAGCGCCACCAAACCGGCCCUCAUGCCGCCGACCAUGUUCACGCCCGGGUCCAAAAACCUAACCGACCUUUUCGGCGCCAACAACAACAACGGCACCUCCGUCACCGAACUGCUGGUCAAGUCCAACAGCGCCAACAACAAUCACCACGCGGCGGCGGCAGCCGCGUCAAUGCCACCCGGAUUCUUCCCGAUGGCGACGGCCCCCUCCGUCGAACCGCUGACCCAGGCCCAGCUCAUCCAGGCCAUCAGCUAUCUCAUCAAGCACGAUCCGGACUUUGUGCGGAAGCUGCACGAGGCGUACCUCAAAUCGUUCCAGGCUUUAUAACUAGUGCGCGGCUAGAGAUCCAGGAAGAAGCGCGUCCCAGUGCCACCCACUAAGAAAUGAGAGACUUGAGCGAAUAGUGAACCCGUGAACGCGCGCGAGAGAGAGACUGGGCGCGAAGCCAGCGCGCAGAGAGAACGACGAUACGAUUUUUUUUUUUAUAAUUUUAAACACUUUAAGCGUAUUUUUCUUGUUCUGUUAUGUUCUUUUGUGUAGUUUUGACUCCGUACGGCCCCCUCUUUCCGCGUAAAAAAUAAUAAUUACAGAAUAAUACAUGUUGCUCCCCGGUUAAGCAAGGACAUUAUUACAGUCA